GGGAGAAGAUAAUAAAAGGAAGGCGAUUCCCACCGAGCGCGCACUGUCCCUCUCUGCUCCUUGCGCUGUGACCUGUGAGCUCCUCUCUCGCCAUCGGCCUUUCUGCGAGCACUCCACGCACGAUCCAGUUCCAAUUUCCAAUGGGCUCGUCUCCAGCUCCAGAUGAUGCCAUCAGGCAGCACCUGCUGGACGUGGACGGCCUCGCCGCCGACGGACCCAAGAUACGGGUGCGCGGGCUGACGCUGCGGCCGCCAGGGCCCAACGGCGAGCAGACCGUGCCCGGGUCGGACCUGGACGUGCCGCGCGGGGUGGUGAUGGGCGUCAUCGGCCCCAGCGGUAGCGGCAAGUCCACGCUGCUCCGCGCGCUCAACCGGCUCUGGGAGCCCGCCCCCGGCGCCGUCACCCUCGACGGCGCCGACAUCUGCGGCCUCGACGUCCUCGCGCUCCGCCGCAGGGUCGGCAUGCUCUUCCAGCUCCCCGCCAUGUUCCACGGAACCGUGGCGGACAACGUGCGGUACGGGCCGCGGCUGCGCGGCGAGACGCUCACCGACGCGCAGGUGAAGGAGCUGCUGGGCCUGUCGGACCUGGACCCGGCCCUGGCCUCCAGGCCGGCGUCGGAGCUGUCGGUCGGGCAGGCGCAGCGCGUCGCCCUGGCCCGCACCCUCGCCAACGAGCCCGAGGUGCUGCUGCUGGACGAGCCGACGAGCGCGCUGGACCCGAUCUCCACGCAGAACAUCGAGGAGGCGAUCGUUCGCCUGAAGAAGACGAGGGGGAUGACGGCGGUGAUCGUCUCGCACAGCGUGAGGCAGAUCCAGCGGAUCGCCGACCUGGUGUGCCUCGUCGUCGACGGCGUGGUCGUGGAGGUGCUCCCGCCGUCCGACCUGUCCCAGGCCAAGCACCCCAUGGCCCGCCGCUUCCUGGAGCUCAGCUAGCUGAAUGUUUGUUCGUUUGUUUGUUUGACUUUGGUCGCCCACUAAUUGUUCAGUGCCUCGACCUUUGAUUAAUUCGGACAUGUCGCUUCAAUCUUGCUACCACGAUGAACGCUAUGUGCGAUUUGCAUAAAUGUACUUCUCGUUUAAAAAAAAAAAAAUAGACGCAGGAGAGCUGCGUAUUUCGA